UUUGUAUUUUAAAAUAAGUUUUCGCGAAUAAUUUUUCCCUUCUCUUUGUGUGAAAUUUUGUUUAAAAAUCUUAGGAAAAUGCGUGUAUGUAAUUUAAUAUUUUGUAAUUUUUCAGAUAUUUCAUCAAACAUUGAUAUUAAAAAAUGAAUGAGUUGGAUUCAUUUUUCGCUAAGAAGGCAAAAAAAGCAAAAAAGAAAGGUGUCAUACGUUUGCAGGAAGUUGCUGAACAACUUGAGCUUCGUGCACGAAUUCAAGAUGAAUUGGAUGAAAAUGAGACAAAAAAUGAAACCGAACCUACAACGACGAAAAUUUCCAGUAACAAUAAUGACAAUGAAGAUUCUGAAUGGUUGGAUUUUGAUGAUAAACCGAUUCUUCCAUCUGUUAUAAAAGAAAUGGCGGAUGUCGAUAUUGAGUUGGAAGAGUCAGAAAUGCGUUCUAGUGUUGAGCCGGUCAAAACUUGGAAUUUGAAUAAUAGCGAGAAUAUCGACGUUGUGCCGCUGCCAGUUACUCCAAAAAAAGAAAAAUAUGAGCCUAAAGCAGCUGCUCGAGCUCAAAAUAAACAAAAUCCUUUGGAUUUGAAAAAUGAAAUGUUGUUUCCUUCUUUAAGUGAUGCUCCUAAAAUUGAACAAAUUCUGAAAAAAGAAGACGAAGAAAAUAGGUUGCGUGAAAUUGAAGAGAAGAAAGAGAAACAGCUCAAGGAGGAAAAGCUGCUAAAACAACAGCAGCGUUAUGUGCCACGUUUUCAGGCAAAAGAUGCUAUACCUAAAAAUGUUCCACCAGCAAGUGAUGAACCUGACAACUGGAGAGCUGCUCCCGAACCUGCUAGUAAAGGCGGCACAAAUAUUGCGAAGCAGCAAAAUGUUAAGAAGAGUAUUACUACAACUAACGAUUCUGACAAUUGGAGAGAUCGUUCUGAAACUACAACAACCGAAGUUAAAACAUCACGAAUUUCGGUUCAAUCGCCAAAGAAGGAUGAUACUGAUAAUUGGAGAAGUAAUACCUCGGCAACAGCUGCGACUGAAAUUAAACCUAAGAAUAUUAGUGAACAACCUGUUAAGAAAACUUAUGUUCCUCCAAGUAUGCGUGCUAACAAGCAGUAA